UACUUAUACAGAUACCACCGUGAACCAAUAUUAAUAUUGUUUCAAGUAAACUUUCUUCGUCAACUACGCUUGUGUAGUGACGCUAACAAUAAAUCGGGGCAGAAAGCAAGAGCGAACAUGAGGUCCAAAUCAGAUGCGCAGUUACAAGAAGGCUUCCACACGCCUAGCGCCCAAGUUCAUAUUUCCUACGACCCCGCAAAUCCACCAGCUCAUCCGGGUCCAGAUUGGACUCGUUUUGUGUGCAUCAGCGACACACAUUCUUGUACUUUCAGUGUUCCCUCUGGGGAUGUCCUGCUUCACUCUGGUGAUCUCAGCCGACUAGGUAGGGAAGGCGAGAUUCGAGUCACUAUAGAUUGGUUGCGUAGUCUGGACCAUGGGGUCAAAAUUAUUAUAGCGGGAAACCACGACCUACCUCUCCACCAAGAGUGGUACGAGGAAGGUUACUACGGCUUCCACGACAAGAAGGAGUCAUCAACUGCGAUAAGAAAGCUCGUCGACAACGACUCGGAGGCAAAUCGUGAUCGAGGUCUAAUCUAUUUGCAGGACGAACUAUACACCUUCCGCACUAAGGAAGGUGGAAGGGAGUGGUCCGUGUAUGGCUUUCCAUGGCAACCCUAUUUCGGAGGCUGGGCUUUUAACUACCUGUCUGAUGAAGCUCCUGAAAUUGUUGCCGAAAUACCUGAGGUCGACAUUCUCCUGACUCACGGCCCUCCGUACAACGUUCUAGAUACAACCUUUUCCGAGGUUCAUGCUGGAUGCCCCGCGAUGCUUGAGCACCUCUCCAAGAUGCAAAGUCCUCCGCUCCUCCACGUCUUCGGGCAUAUACACGAAGCACGUGGCGCCACGCGGCAUCCCUGGUUGCAGGGAAAUGAACACGAAGGGCUUUCGAAUCCAAAAGAAACAACUCCUCCCGCGUCUGGAGCAAGAGAGACGAUAAUGGUGAAUGCAGCUAACCAGCCCCUCGGGCGUCAGGCGAUUGGACCGGGUGGUCAAAGAAUCCCAUGCGGCGGUCCAGGCUUUCAACCUAUUAUCGUUGACCUAUUAGACUCAGCUAUGCGGCCAGACAUGUAAACGACCAGUACGAUGUUCGAAUACUAUAUGAUGAGAGUUCUAUCACUAUAACUAAUAGACGGCCUAUGGCACACAGCCUUGAUAUGAUCAAAGAAUUACGACUCUGCUACAGCUGCGACAAGGCAAGGAAAAAACGAUACGCC